AUGACCGAUCAGUCUGACACUCGACCAAAUUCUCGGUCUAAUACCGAUCUGGUGGCGGCUAACGCGGCUUUGCUAGCAGAAAAUCAACGCAUGGCCGAACUACUAGCUUCGCUCCAAAACGGAGGCGAAAAGAAGAAUGUCAACAAGGAGACAAACACAGAACAACACGAAGGGCACCAAUCCGAAUCCCACGAAAAGACAGGGGAAACCCCCCCAAAAACAGGGAGACGACGUGCUAACCCGUUUUCCGAAGAAAUUAUGAGUUUUAAGAUGCCUCAAAAUUUUACACUUCCCAUGACCCUGGCACCGUAUAAAGGGAUCGGAGAUCCUAAAGUACAUGUAACCAAAUUUGAAUCAAUGAUGUUCCUGAACAGCGACUCUGAUCCCAUACUGUGCCGGUCUUUUCCAACUUUUCUAGAUGGUGCCGCGCUGUUAUGGUUUUCUAACUUACCUGCAGGGUCCAUAACCAGUUUCGACGAUUUUUCUAAGAUGUUUAUUAAUCAGUUUGCAGCCUCAAAGAUCUAUGUAAGGGAUUCGGACUAUCUAAGUACGAUAAGGCAAGGGCCACAGGAAAGCCUGAAGGACUACAUGACGCGCUUCACUACAGCUGCCAUGGAAAUCCCUGACCUCAACCCAGAGGUACAACUCCACGCCCUGAAAAGCGGCCUCCGACCAAGAAAGUUCCAAGAAGCCAUAGCUGUCGCAAAGCCGAGAACACUAGAAGAAUUCCGAGACAAAGCCACCGGACAGAUCGAAAUUGAAGAGCUGCGCGAAACCCGGCGAAACGAAAGACAAACACCCCGAAAAGAGGACGACAAAUAUCAAAUGAGAGAUGCCAGAAGACCCUUCAAAUUGACCCCAAAAUUCGACUCAUACACAAGGUUUAACACAAGAAGGGAGGACAUUCUGAAAGAAAUACUGCAUAAUAAGCUCAUCAAACCACCGAGUAGAGCCGGUUCAUACCAAGACCAGAGGUUCGUUGACAAAACAAAGCACUGCGCCUUCCAUCAAAAAUUCGGACACACCACCGACGAGUGCGUCAUUGCCAAAGAUCUCCUCGAAAGGUUAGAAAGACAAGGACACCUGGACAAAUACAUCAACAAAACAAGACCAGCUUCAGAGAGCCACCUAGACAGACGCCCAGAGCGAAGACCAAACACACCGGACAAGCCAAAGGCACAACCUCUGCCGCCAAAAGGAGUUAUAAAUUGCAUCUCCGGAGGGUUCGCAAGCGGCGGACAUACCAACUCAGCACGCAAACGCCGCUUCCGAGAAAUGUUGACAAUGCAACAAACAAACAAAGCAACAUCAAACAAACCUCGAACACCGAGCAUAUGCUUCGCACAAUCCGACUAUCAAACAGGCUCAGACAAUUUGGACGACCCCGUAGUAAUCUCAGUCCAGGCCGGGGAUCUUCUUGUCAAGAAAGUCCUACUCGACCCCGGCAGCAGUGCAGACGUGCUAUUCUAUUCAACCUUCAACAAAAUGAAGCUUAGCGAACAAAUUAUGAUGCCAUCCUCAAGAGAACUGGUCGGAUUCUCGGGAGAGCGUGUGACUAUACUCGGCAGCGUAUGGCUACGAAUAACACUUGGGAAACCACCCAUGAGUAAAACCAAAGACAUACAAUUUUUGGUUGUCGACUGCAGCAGUCCAUACAACAUCAUAUUAGGCAGACCCUUUUUAAACUCCUUCGAAGCUAUUGUUUCAACCAUACAUCUUUGUGUUAAGUUUCAGGUACAGGGAGACCAAAUAGCUACCGUUCACGCCGACCACAUUGAAGCUCGGCAAUGUUACAAUGACAGCCUCAAGAUAAAAUCGGAAAAUAAUCGAAGCAACAAUUUCAACAAAGAAGCAUACAACAUGGCUCUCAAAUGUCGUAAUGGAACCAAACAACGAAUUAUCGACAUACUUCGGUCCAAUGCCGACCUAUUUGCUUGGUCGCCCACGGACAUGCCAGGAAUCGAUCCCGACCUCAUAUGCCAUAGACUACAGACCGAUCCAAGAGCUCGGCCAAUAGCACAAAAAAAAGAGAAACAUGGGCGAUGA